AUGGAGGCCUCUGACACAAAGGUUCGUCCCUCGGACGAUGAGAAGAGACGCUCAAGCGAAAACUAUGAUGGGAAUGGCACGAUCGAGACAUACACCGAGGAAGAAGAAAAGGCUCUUGUGCGCAAGAUCGACAUGGUCAUCUUGCCUUUCAUGUGUCUCGUCUUCCUCCUCCAAUACCUCGACAAGCAAUCCCUCAGCUACGCCGGCGUCUUCGGCCUCAUGACAGACCUCAACCUCAGCAACUCGCAAUACUCCUGGUGCAGCUCGAUCUUCUACAUCGGCCAGCUCGUCGCCGAGUACCCCUUCAUCUACCUCAUGAGCCGACUCCCGCUCACAAAGUUCGUCGGCGCCACCGUCAUCCUCUGGGGCAUAACCUGCGCUUGUCUCGCGGCGCCACAAAACUACGCUGGCUUCGCGGCUGUUCGGUUCCUACUCGGUUUCACAGAGGGCGCUGUCUCACCUGCGUUUGUGACGAUCACCUCGAUCUGGUACCGCAGCCACGAGCACGCAUGGCGCACAGGGCUGUGGGUGUCCAUGAACGGAAUCGCCCAGGUCAUCGGGUGUCUGCUCAUGUACGGGAUCGGGAAGAACGGCAGUCUCGCGCUCGCGCCAUGGCGCACCCUCUUUAUCAUCUGCGGAGCCCUGACCAUCGGCGCGGGCGUGGCCUUCUUCACCCUCAUGCCGUCCGGUCCAAAAGACGCAUGGUUCCUGAAUGCGCGCGAGAAACAAGUCCUCGCUCUCCGCAUGGCGAAGGACCGCGAAGGCGGCGACAAGACUUCCUUCUCCACCCCACAACUCAAGGAAACGCUGCUUGACCCAAAAGCCUGGUGUGCGUUCUGGUUCGGCGUCCUGGUGACCAUGCAAUCUCCUGUCCUGACAUUCGCAACCCUCGUCAUUAAUUCAAUUGGCUACUCCCAGCUCCAGACGAUGCUGUACACGGCGCCUUCAGGAGCCGUGCAGGUCGCACUCCUCUGGAUCGGAAUGGCGCUGUGCUGGAUGCUCCCGAGACAGCGGACUAUCGUCGUCGUAAUCCUCUGCAUCCCGCCCAUUGUUGGCAACAUCCUCAUGCUCGUCCUGCCCUUGAGCGCCGGGUGGGGCGUGAUCGUGUCCGCAUGGCUGGCCUCCUGUAUCACGGCCUCUUGGUCCAUCCUCCUAUCCCUCGUCGCGUCGAAUGUCAAGGGGAACACCAAGCGCGCUGUUGUGAACGCCAUGUUCUUCAUUGGGUAUUGUGCGGGCUGUAUUGCGUCUCCGCAGCUUUGGACGAAUCGGCCGAAGUACCUGGAGGGGCUGAUUACGGCGCUUGUUACGUGGGGACUGCUCAUUUUCACGACCAUGGUCUAUCGUGUGCUUUGCAUUAGGGAUAAUAAGCAGCGGGAGAAGGAGGGCGGUCCUGAGGGGGAGGAAGGAGGGGUAUCGUACAUGGGUACGGAUACAGAUGUCACGGAUAAGCAGGAUAGAGCGUUCAGGUACAGUUGGUAG